AGUUUCAGAUAGAAACUUAGAAAACCUUCAAAGAACCACCAGAAAUGGGGACCUGGAUUUUGUUUGCCUGCCUCUUGGGAGCAGCCUUCGCUAUGCCUCUACCACCUCAUCCUGGGCACCCUGGUUAUAUCAACUUCAGUUAUGAGAAGUCACAUUCUCAGGCUAUCAAUAUUGACAGGACUGCAUUAGUCCUUACCCCUCUGAAGUGGUACCAGAGCAUGAUAAGGCAGCCGUAUCCUUCCUAUGGUUACGAACCCAUGGGUGGAUGGCUGCACCACCAAAUCAUCCCUGUGCUGUCUCAACAGCAUCCCCAGAGUCACAACACCCUUCAGCCUCAUCACCACCUCCCAGUGGGGCCAGCUCAGCAGCCUGUGGUCCCCCAGCAACCAAUGAUGCCAGUUCCUGGCCACCACUCCAUGACUCCAAACCAACACCACCAGCCUAACCUCCCACCAACUGCCCAGCAGCCCUUCCAGCAACCCUUCCAGCCCCAACCUGUUCAGCCACAGCACCACCAGCCCAUGCAGCCCAUGCAGCCCAUGCAGCCCAUGCAGCCCCAGUCACCUCUGCACCCCAUCCAGCCCCUGGCACCACAGCCAGCUCUGCCUCCACUGUUCCCCAUGCAGCCCCUGUCCCCCAUGCUUCCUGAAAUUCCCAUGGAAGCUUGGCCAGCAUCAGACAAGACCAAGCGGGAAGAAGUGGAUUAAAAAUCAGAAAAUGAGAGAACUGAAGUAGAUAUUUCAGUUGCUUUUAGGAAUGACACAAGAACAC